AUGGCUCAUAUCAUUACACCGCUGUUUCAGUGCCACCCUGAUCCUGAUGGAGCUAUCGAGUUGAAGAAUCUUGUACGUAUAACAUCACUCAACAACCAAUUACAGCAUUUGUUGGUCCCCAAGAAACAGUCGCUGCAGUACACACCGGCAAGCUGCAGAUACAACAAAGUUACAGAUAGCAGGCACCUGGGUUUCUGCCCAGCUAUGUUUCGAAAAUGGGGAAAGUCGAAGAAGAGAAAAUUAGCCGACAAAAAAGGAAUCCUCAUGUUGUUGCAGAUGACCCAUCAGAGUGAUCUGAAACUUUCUACAGGGUCCGAGUCCUCGAGCAUUGAGGCCGCCUGGAAGCAAUCGGCAGCAUCAGCUAGCCUGCCGUCCUGCUUGUGA